AUGAAUUCGUCAUUUUUGACGCCGCUGAUCAGUUACAGUCCAAAUGAAACAUUGUCGUCCACCUCAGCGUCAUCAUCGUCAUCAUCAGUUUCAUCAUCAUCGUCGGAAAUUGACCAGAUUGAAGAUGAAUUUUGGCCUCUACAUGUUCGUGUUCUGCUGACAAUUUUAUUCUCUUCGCUGGCACUGAUUGGUGUUAUCGGCAAUAUUUUAGUGAUUACUGUGGUGUUGAAAGUACGCGGAAUGGUAAAUAUUUUAAUGAUCUUUGGUUAUUUGUUUGCUUUAUGUAAACUUUUUCUUUCAAACUGUUCCAAUUUUAUUUUCUUCUAUUAUCGUUGCUAUCUUUUGUUGUUGUUGUCGUUGAAUACUCUUAUUGCGGUAACACCAACGAACUGUUAUUUGGUAUCAUUAGCUGCAAGUGACUGUAUCUUUUUGGCUGCCUCAACAAUAACUGAACUUAAAUAUUUACAUACUACUGAAGCUGCUGCAUAUUUUGAUUGGCUUCACUACUUUGGGUGUAUAUUUUUCUCAUUUACACCAUAUUUGGCUAUAAAUACCUCGUCGCUAUCAAUUACUGCAUUUACCAUUGAACGAUAUUUUGGAAUUUGUGAUCCAUUACGGGCCAGUUACAUGUGUACUGUAGAAAGGGCAAAAGCGAUUAUUCUUGGUAUCUGGUUGUUUUCAAUAAUCUACAAUUCUCCGUGGUUAUACCUCGUCGAUUUGAAGCUCAAUCAAACAGAAUACAUUUGCAAUUUCCGGUUAAAUCGGGAUCACUUUGCUUACAAAGUUAGACAAACUUUAAUUGCUUUAUACAACUCUCAAAAAUCUUAUCAACAAAAUUUAAUAAAAGCUAUGUACAUGUUUGACUUGGCGACUUUUUAUAUUACUCCAAUGAUACUGUAUCUGAUAAUCUACAGCAAAAUUGGCUACACGAUAACUAAAAAUACGCCAAAAUCGAAAUGCCCCCGUCGUAGUAAAACAGGCUUACAUGAUGGUCUGAUUGUGUCAUCUGUAAAUGGCGUUAACGGAACUUCAGUGCAGUGUCACGGGAACAGUUCCAGAAAGACGAAUCGCGGAAUAAAUCAGGUAGUCAAAAUGUUAGCUAUUGUGGUCGUAAUAUUUGCAAUUUGCUGGUUACCGUAUCGAGCCAUGGUUGCCUACAAUUCAUUUGCAACAAAAAAAUGGGCACCCGACUGGUAUAUCUAUAUGUCCAAAACAAUGAUCUUCAUCAACUGUGCUAUCAAUCCAAUUGUCUACAAUUUGAUGUCAGCAAAAUUUCGAAGCGCAUUCUCACGACUUUUACACGCCAACUCGAAGGCCAUCUAUGAAAGUGAGCAGUCUGUUGGCUCGGUUAAUCACUGCUUUUGCAGUUCUUUAAUGCCUCGCUUCCGUAUUUCUGCGACAUGA